AUGAUGUUAAGACAAUUCAGUAAAUCGAACUUAAAAAGUGCAUCAUAUAAGAAGUUAUUACUUAGCUCGAAGGCAUCGGUUGUGCCUGUGGUAGGAACAGUUCCUACUGAAAGGUUACUGCCUGGGAGCAGAUUCACGGGGAGGUAUAAUGAGUCUGGUUCCAUUAUCACAUCGAAUCCUUUCUAUGGUAAAAGGUAUUACGUACAAAUGAGAAUGAAUCCAAAUCAACAAGAAAAAGAUGUACCUGCCUUAGAGAAGUUUGGCACAAAUUUAACAAAACUUGCUGCAGAAGGUAAACUAGAUCCUGUUAUUGGAAGAGAUGAGGAAAUCUCAAGGGCUAUUCAAAUAUUAUCCAGAAGAACAAAAAAUAACCCCGUUUUAAUUGGUAAAGCGGGUGUUGGUAAGACUUCGUUGAUUGAUGGUUUGGCACAGAGAAUUGUAGCCGGUGAAGUUCCAGAUUCGUUGAAGAAUAAACAGCUAAUAGCUUUGGAUUUGGGUUCGCUAAUUGCAGGAGCAAAAUACAGAGGGGAAUUUGAAGAAAGGUUGAAAAAUGUAUUAAAAGAGAUCGACGACUCUAAUGGAGAAAUAAUAAUGUUUAUUGACGAAGUACAUAUGCUUUUAGGUUUGGGUAAAACUGACGGGAGUAUGGAUGCUUCAAAUAUCUUAAAACCAAAAUUAGCUAAAGGUCUUAGAUGCAUAUCUGCAACAACAUUGGAUGAAUUUAAAAUUAUUGAGAAGGAUCCAGCUUUAACUAGACGUUUCCAGCCAAUUUUAUUAACAGAGCCGACUGUGGCAGAUACAAUAUCGAUAUUAAGAGGUUUGAAAGAAAGAUAUGAAGUCCACCAUGGUGUGAGGAUUACCGACACUGCUCUAGUCUCUGCUGCUGUUCUAUCUAAUCGUUAUAUUACAGAUAGAUUUUUACCAGAUAAAGCAAUAGAUUUGAUUGAUGAGUCGUGUGCUGCUUUGAGAUUACAACACGAAUCUAAGCCAGAUGAAAUUCAGAAACUUGAUCGUAAUAUCAUGACUAUGCAAAUUGAAUUAGAGUCGCUCAAGAAGGAGACAGAUCCAGUUUCCGUGGAAAGAAGAGAAACAAUUGAAAAUGAUCUGAAUUUAAAGAAUAGUGAAUUAAAGAGGUUAACCGAAAUAUGGGAAGCUGAGAGAGAAGAAAUAGAUAAAAUAAAGAAUGCUAAGGUUGAUCUUGAACAAGCCAGGAUAGAAUUAGAAAUAUCCCAAAGAGAAGGUGAUUACACAAAAGCUUCUGAACUUAGAUAUUCAAAGAUUCCGGAACUUGAGAAAAGAGUAAAAUUAUCUUCCCAGAAGAAGGUUGAAGAAAAUAGUGACGAUCCAAGCUCUAUAGUACUUUUACAUGAUGCCGUCACAUCUCAAGAUAUCUCAAAAGUUGUUGCAAAAAUGACAGGUAUUCCACCUGAUACACUAAUGAAGGGAGAUAAAGACCGUUUACUAUUUAUGGAGCAAACUUUGAAAGAAAGAGUAGUUGGACAGGAUGAAGCCAUUGAUGUUAUAUCCGAUGCAGUUAGAUUACAAAGAGCUGGUUUAACAAGUGAUAAAAGGCCUAUUGCAAGUUUCAUGUUUUUAGGUCCAACCGGGACAGGUAAAACAGAGUUAACGAAAGCUUUAGCUGAAUUUUUAUUUGAUGACGAAACGAAUAUUGUAAGAUUUGAUAUGUCAGAAUACCAAGAAAAACAUAGUGUUUCAAAAUUAAUUGGUGCUCCACCUGGUUAUGUGAUGAGUGAAUCUGGUGGACAGCUCACAGAAGCUGUAAGGCGUAAACCUUACUCAGUGAUUCUAUUUGAUGAAUUUGAAAAAGCCCAUCCUGAUGUUUGCAAAAUUUUGCUACAAGUUUUAGAUGAAGGUAAAUUAUCAGAUUCAUUGGGUCACCACGUGGAUUUCCGUAAUACUAUUAUCGUUAUGACCUCCAAUAUAGGUCAGGAUAUACUAUUGACAGACACUACAGCAACAGAAGAUGGUAUAGUUGGAGAGAAAACAAAGAAUCUAGUGAUCGAUAGAAUGAAAAAGCAAUACCCGCCUGAGUUCAUUAACCGUAUUGAUGACAUAUUAGUGUUUAACAGACUGUCCAAAAAAGUAUUGAGAUCAAUUGUUGACAUUAGAUUAAAAGAGAUACAAGAGAGAUUAUCAGAUAAAAGGAUUACUUUGAAUUUAGAUGGACCCGCAAAGAAUUGGUUAACUGAUUAUGGUUAUGAUCCAUUAUACGGCGCAAGGCCAUUAAAUAGAUUAAUUCAUAGGAAGAUUUUAAACCCAAUGGCUACUUUCUUAUUGAAGGGUCAAAUUCUAAACGAUGAAACUGUUAAUGUCACGGUUAAAGAUAAAGAAUUGAAAGUUGAGCCAAACCAUAAGGAAGGUGACGCUCAAAAGAAACCAGAUGAAGAGUAG